AUGGCCCUCGUGCAUCCACGAGUAGCAGCGAUCACAACGACGAUAGUACCUUCGAGUCCCACCGCGUCACCCAAUGCCGCCAAGUCAGCUGAAACGACGCAAAAGACGUGGGAAAACACGAGGGGCAUCCCGAAGUCCACUAUCGCACUCGCCGUCGGCAUUGGCGCGCCGUUCCUGCUUAUCGCAAUGGGCUCCAUCAUGAUCUGGGGCUACAUAAUUGGUCGGCGUGAGAAAAGUGGACGCGAGUUCAAGUUCCAGCGGCGGAAGACGGAGCAGUCUAGCCAGCAGGGCAAUGGCCGGGUAACACUUGAGCUGGAAGGUAGGGAGGUGCAAGAGAUGGACGGCUGUGUUGCGGCGGAGAUCUCGGGCGAGCCACCGCCGGUGGAGAUGCCGCAGGAGAGAGAACCGGUGGAGUUGCCGUUGACGGUGGGGACGGUGCCGCCGACGUCGGCGUGGGUGAUGAUGAAGCCGGAGACAAUGAGAUUUUGA